AGAACCACAUCAUAUCCGCCGCACGGCAACACAUUGAACACAGCUACAGAAAGUACUACACACUGAAAUGGAUGGAAAAGCAAGUGACCCUUUCAGCAGUGAGGCAGAACAGCUUCCUGGGGCUGGAGUAGUGGGGAGGCUGUGGCUGCCCAAAGGUCUGUCUGGUAAUGUGAUUAAGGAUUGGGUUGACCGCAGGAGGAAGUCCAUCCGUCCGUGGGCCAGUUUUGUGGACCAGCGCAAGUUCUCCAAACCACGCAAUUUUGGAGAGCUGUGCCAGCGUGUGCUGAGGAACAUGAACACCUAUCACAGCAACUACACCUUCAUCUUCCUGGGACUCAUCCUCUACUGCAUCAUCAGUUCCCCAAUGCUCUUGAUUGCUUUGGGAGUGUUUGCUGGUGCCUUCUAUAUAAUUCACUUGAAAACGCUGGAAAAGAAGCUGGUUGUUUUCGGUCGUGAGUUGACUCAGGGACACCAGUUAGGUUUAGCAGGAGGGGUUUCCUUCCCUGUGUUCUGGCUCGCAGGUGCAGGAGCUGCUGUGUUCUGGUUACUAGGUGCUACACUAGCUGUUAUCGGGUCUCAUGCGGCAUUUCGUGAGCUGGAGUCGUCUGACAUAGAUGAGCUGCUCAUGGAACCUGUUUAAGCCUCUCACCUUUGACCUUUUGGCUCAUGUUAACCGACAAAGUCUUGCCUCAUCUUUUAGAUUGCCACAUAUUGGUUGCACUAAUUUAAAAAUAUCAGUUUACUCACAGUUUGGCCAGAAAUGCGGACUGUUAAACUGACAUUGCCCUCAACAGAUCAAGCACAUUGAAAGACCUCAAUUGCCUUUACUGGUACCUAUUGGAUAUCAUGUUCAUUUGUUACAUUAUUUAUUUCUACAGCAUCCUUAAAGCACAAACUAAACCCACAUGCAAAAAAAAUCCAGUUUAUUCAAUUAAUACUAUCUUUAAAGGCAUAGUUGACCCAAAACUGAAAACUGCUGUUCUGUGGAAUACAAAAGAAGAUAUUUUGAAAAACAGAUUCUUCAUUUAUGUUUCCAGGAGAUGGUUUAUACAGGUUUGGAAUGACAUGAGGGUGAGUAAAUCACAGGAUGAGCUAUCCUUUUAAAGGUUUUCAGAUCCUCUCGCACUAAAGGACAAAUACAAGGAAUAGUUUUUGAUCAAAAUGUUAUGCUAGAUCAUCCAAAAUAGCGAGGAAAAACAUUCAGACAACAAGAAUGUACUGUCUUGGCAGUUUGUGUGAUUUAUAGGGUACCGAUCAUUACAUAAUCAUUUGUCUUAAGCUAUAUUUAGGUCAUAUGUUGUUACGUCAGUCUUGUAUGAUUUAAUAACAGCAUGCGUGAGCAAAGAAAAAAAUGUAUUAUUGCUAUUCAGUGUAAUCAGUUUCUGAUGCCAAUAUUCCCAGUGGAAGUUUUUUUGUUUUUAUAUGUUCUCUCAUAUUAUGGAAAUGUUUGUUUAUCGUCUUUUAUUUUACAACUGGCUUCUGUUUUAUCAGUGAUUGGGAAGUGCAAUAAAAUGCUCAGCCUGUACAGUA